AGCGUCUUGUCUCUGACGUACAUACCUCGGCGCUCGGGUACCCCCUGGAGCUGGACGAUAGUCGACGUACUACACGACUCUCUCUCUCACACAACACACACUCUCAAAACAACACCGAUCCGCAGCAGCGCGCCGGUAUUACAUGUACUCAUGGCGAUCGAGGCACGUCAACGUCGAGGAAUCGCCUAUGAGAGCUGUGCUGCACAACAGUGCAUGUGUCUGUAGGUCUAUGCACAUGCACAUGCGGACAUGGACAUGGACAUGCACAUGCACAUGCACAUGCACAUGCACAUGCACAUGCAUGCGCAUGUGAUGGAGAAGGGAACAUCAUGCUCGGAGAAGGAGGUCGCUUCAGCAACUGGCGGCGACACAGCGAUCGACCAAGAGUCCUGAGCCGUCUUCAUUCAGCAGGAGCGCAGAGGCGAGGGCUUCCUGCUGCUUGAUGUCCACUUGGAUGCGCGCCGGCGGCGUGGGUGUGCCGGGGCCGCUCAGGGCGAGGUGGAUCGAGCCGAGGCCGUCGAAAGCGUCCGUCGAAGUCGACAGCAAGACUGUGAAGCAAAGUAGCGCGAACCACUCGCAAAUCGCACCGAACGACUCAGCUGUGCCAUUCGCAGAGAGCUGGACUACCAAAUGCGGGGCCAGCGCGUGAGAGCCAAUCGAAGCAGCGGCAGCGAGACAAGCGGCAGCGGCAAAAGCGUUCGUCGACGCCUUGGCGCUCGACGCCGACCAGAUCGCAUCAAGGACAAAGUAGACGAGGUGGAGCCCAAAAAAGGCACUCGCGGCGAACGAGUGGAGAUUAAAGUCCUCGUCGACGUUGCAGGCGCCUGGUUAUACAGCGU